AUGAUGAAAGUCCAUUCUACUAGGUUUAUCGGCACCAACCCUGUAGAAGCCAGGAUGGGUAAACCACUGCAGGAGCCCCACAGUUGGCAGGAGUCCAGCCCCCUGCAGGAGCCUCCCACCUUCAGGAGCCCCGCCCCCUGCAGGAGCCUCCCACCUUCAGGAGCCCCGCCCCCUGCAGGAGCCUCCCACCUUCAGGAGCCCCGCCCCCUACAGGAGCCUCCCACCUUCAGGAGCCCCGCCCUCUGCAGGAACACUAUCCUCUACAGGAGCAUCGCCCUCUGCAGAAGAGACUUGUUAGGUGGCUGUUCUUUUGAUGAGCAUUACAGCAACUGCGGGUAUAGUGUGGCUCUUGGAACCAAUGGGUUUACCUGGGAGCAGAUUAACACGUGGGAGAAGCCAAUGCUGGACCCAGCUGUGCCCACAGGGUCCUUCAUGAUGGUGAACAGCUCUGGAAGGGCUUCAGGCCAGAAAGCCCAUCUUCUUCUGCCAACCCUGAAGGAGAAUGACACCCACUGCAUUGACUUUCACUACUACUUCUCCAGCCGAGAUCGCUCCAGCCCAGGAGCCUUGAACGUCUAUGUGAAGGUGAAUGGUGGUCCCCAAGGGAACCCAGUCUGGAAUGUGUCUGGGGUCGUCACUGAAGGCUGGGUGAAGGCAGAGCUUGCUAUCAGCACCUUUUGGCCUCAUUUCUACCAGGUGAUCUUUGAAUCCGUCUCUUUGAAAGGUCAUCCUGGUUACAUCGCUGUGGACGAAGUUCGGGUCCUUGCUCAUCCGUGCAGAAAAGCACCUCAUUUCCUGCGACUCCAAAACGUUGAGGUGAAUGUGGGGCAGAAUGCCACCUUUCAAUGCAUUGCAGGUGGGAAGUGGUCCCAGCAUGACAAACUUUGGCUUCAGCAAUGGAAUGGCAGAGACACAGCCCUCAUGGUCACGCGGGUGGUCAAUCACAGGCGCUUCUCAGCCACAGUGAGUGUGGCAGACACCUCUCAACGCAGCGUCUCCAAGUAUCGCUGUGUGAUCCGCUCAGAUGGUGGGUCUGGUGUGUCCAACUAUGCAGAGCUGAUCGUGAAAGAGCCUCCCACGCCCAUUGCUCCCCCAGAACUGCUGGCCGUGGGGGCCACCUACCUGUGGAUUAAACCAAAUGCCAACUCCAUUAUUGGGGACGGCCCCAUCAUUCUGAAGGAGGUAGAAUACCGCACAACCACAGGCACCUGGGCCGAGACCCACAUCGUGGACUCUCCCAACUAUAAGCUCUGGCAUCUGGACCCUGAUGUGGAGUACGAGAUCCGGGUGCUGCUCACACGACCAGGCGAGGGGGGCACAGGACCACCAGGACCUCCCCUCACUACCAGGACCAAGUGUGCCGAUCCUGUGCAUGGCCCUCAGAAUGUGGAGAUUGUGGACAUUCGGGCUCGACAGCUGACCCUGCAGUGGGAACCCUUUGGCUAUGCAGUGACCCGCUGCCACAGCUAUAACCUCACAGUACAGUACCAGUACGUGUUCAACCAGCAGCAGUAUGAGGCUGAAGAGGUGAUCCAGACCUCUUCCCACUAUACCCUGCGGGGUCUACGGCCCUUCAUGACCAUCAGACUGCGGCUGCUACUGUCCAACCCUGAGGGUCGGAUGGAGAGUGAGGAGUUGGUGGUACAGACUGAAGAGGAUGUUCCAGGAGCUGUUCCUCUGGAGUCCAUCCAAGGAGGGCCCUUUGAGGAGAAGAUCUACAUCCAGUGGAAACCUCCCAAUGAGACCAAUGGGGUCAUCACACUCUAUGAGAUUAACUACAAGGCUGUUGGCUCCCUGGAUCCAAGUGCUGACCUAUCCAGCCAGAGGGGGAAAGUGUUCAAACUCCGGAAUGAAACCCAUCAUCUCUUUGUGGGUCUGUACCCUGGGACUACCUACUCUUUCACCAUCAAGGCCAGCACAGCCAAGGGCUUCGGACCUCCAGUCACCACUCGGAUUGCCACCAAGAUUUCAGCUCCAUCAAUGCCUGAAUAUGAUGCAGAUACCCCACUCAACGAAACAGAUACAACCAUCACGGUGAUGCUCAAACCUGCCCAGUCCCGGGGAGCCCCUGUCAGUGUUUACCAGCUGGUUGUCAAGGAAGAGCGGCUUCAGAAGUCUCGGAGAGCAGCUGACAUCAUCGAAUGUUUCUCAGUACCUGUGAGCUAUCGGAAUGCCUCCAACCUUGAUUCUCUGCACUACUUUGCUGCUGAGCUGAAGCCCUCCAACUUGCCUGUCACCCAGCCAUUUACAGUGGGAGACAACAAGACCUACAAUGGCUACUGGAACCCUCCCCUUUCGCCACUGAAGAGCUACAGCAUCUACUUCCAGGCCCUCAGCAAAGCAAAUGGA